GACGAAUGGCCGGGUAACCCAGAUCGGAUCUGCCCAACCGAUCCUACGGAGAGAGACUCGCCAGUUGCGCUCGAGUCGACCAUCGUGCACGGCUUCUCGAACGGGUUUGCUUCCAUUAUUCCCCGUCGUGCACGCGUGCUCCAAUAAUCCUUCCCCCGAUAACAAAUCUGAAAAAUCUGCCUGGAAUAAUCGUUAAAGAUUAAUUACGUUUGAUUCGGUUUGGACAAGGAUCGUACACAGGCUUCGAUGGCCGACCGGAUACGUUUACGACGCGACCACGCGAAGGGGAAGAAUCUGGUGUGAAUUCUCGAAACGAAUCCAAGGAUCAGGAUUCCGCCGAUUCCUGUUCAACAAAUAUCUCUCUGCUACACUCGAACCAGAUAUAUAAAGGAACGAAAACGAGCGAGCCUCCGAGAGACCGAGAUGCAGCUACAUUUCGGCGGUAAAAGUAGCUAGCCGAGAGGAGAGAGCGAUAGAGACAGAGCGAUACAAGAUAGAAAGAGAGAGAGAGUGAGUGAGAGGAGAGCGAGCGCGGCCCAACGAUGCGCGUGACGAGAAUCUUGUCGGUGUUGGCGGUCGCGUGGCUGGCGUCCGGGGUCAAGGACCACGUGGCGGCCUUGAACGAGACCAGCCACCACAGUCCCGACCAACCCAUCGAGAACGAGGUUUCGUUGGACAGCGGCGAGACCACGACGGACCACCACCACCACCCCCAUCAAACCGUGCCCGGCAAACCUACGAAACUGGACGUGAACGUGAACCAAAUAGUCCAAACGGACGACAGAUCUCGAUACCUGGCCGAGGCUACGGAUCCGAACAACUCGACGUCCCCCGUUUCUCGAGGAGGGGAAGAAGAGGAAGAGGAGGGGAGAAAGGAAGGGAUUGUUCGCCUCGUCCUUGGGGACGAUCCGGCCGGCAACGCGUCGCGGAUAAUGCUGGGGAGCGGGGACGGGAGGAAGGGCGAAAAAGGUAAAGAGGAGAGGCGGCCGGACGCGAGAGAGCACGUGGUAAAGAUGAUACGUGGUCUGAGGAAGGAUUUAGUAGCCGGUAGAAAAGCUAGAAACUUCUUGAACGCCAUCUUUCAGGGAAAGAGUUCCUUUUUAACAGGAUUCGGACUUGGUUUUCUAGCAUUCGGCCUGAAGAAGCUGCUGCUACCUCUGAUUUUCGGUGUACAGAUCAUUAAGAGCGUCCUGCUCGCGCUUUUCCUGCCCAGCAUCAUAGGGAGUAUCGGUAAUAUCGUCGGCAAAGGGGUUUCCUCGUUCGCUCAAUCGUCGCACACCACGGCCCAACCCGAAGAGAAUUUCGAGUUCAAGGAUAAUUCCGACUUGUACAACGACGACUAUUUGACCAGGCAACCGGUGGGGACUCUACCAGCCUCCGCGAUGUACGACGAGACCAUGAUGCAGUCACAAAAGACGCCAGAAAUCGCCUCGAGAUAUUCUUUCACCGAUCACAGAAUGACGCAUGCUAAUGCAGUCGCUGAUCGUUAUUACACCAGGCACGUCGCAGCCAAUGGACUUUCUAAAAAGCAAGAUUUCAAGGUGUUCCACGAGAUUCCAACGAGCUCGUUGCUGUUGACCAACUACGAUCCUUUCUACUCUCCCCUACUGUCACGGCUGGACGCGGUGUUCUCGCGGCUCGGUCACACGAGCGAAGGUUGCAGGGAGUACGCCGUGUGCGCCAUGUAUCGAAGCCCUGCCAGAUACGCGCCCUACUCGAACCUCGUCUCGGCCCAAUUGUCCAGGGAAUUGAACGAGCUGAGGAGGCCGAGCAGCGACAACCCGGACGUGCUCAGGUUUUUCCGUUACAUGAAGGCUGCCAAGGACGGCCAGGACGGCGUCAAGUGCGAGGCCGCCUAUUCCAAUUGCGCGUUCGCGCGGGAGGAUCAAAGCCUCAGGCAGAAUCAGGCGAUGCUGGCCACGUAUCAGGACAUCGACAAACUGGUGCACGCGAGGAAGUUGUAAGAGACGGGAUUCGACGAAACGAGAUGAUUCGAAUCUAUCUUCGACAAGACUUUUCGAAUAAUUAUAUCAUUUCUCGUAAUUCACGGGGUAACCGAGCCAGGUGUUUUCGAGCGUGCGCUCCAGUUUCCAAAUGGCAUUCGAUAUGUAACGGAGUUUCUUGAGAACGGAGUUUGAGGAGAAAUAUUUUUUUAUUCAUCUAGAUUAUCCUAUAUCUCGAUUGAAAGAUGAUUUUUCCUAUUCAAAUAUUCUGACAUUCCGAUAUCCUACCCGACUAGUCCAGUUCUAUGCGGGCAUCGAAAUCUCCUUCAACGUGGAACAUUCCACGAAAGGGAUCUCCUCAGGUUCCGUUCAGAAAGAUGCAAAAAAGUCUCGAGGCAUCCACAGCUCGGUUAUCUACGCGUGUCUACACGAUGAUCGUUUCACAGGGCAAUUAUAUGAUCGGUAGUAGUCCGGAUCAAAGACAGUUAAAUCGAGGCAAUUUCGAUUGAACAGGGGCUGGCAACGAAAGAACGUCGAUAAUUACGCGUCGAUAACGGUACACGGAUAUGAAACGCGUGUAUCGUUAUCACGAACGUUAUAUAGGGGGGGGGGGGG